UCAACAUCGCACUGUCACCUUCCCGCUGUUUCAUUCCCACUUCAUCAACUCUGCCAAGUGACGAUGUCUGAGAACCCAUUCCUCGGUCUCUUCCAAAAUCUUGAGAAGAUAUCCAACUCCAUCCAGACCCAUCUCUCUACCUUCAUUGCUCGUCCUGGUAACCCUUCGCAGACUGAUAACAAUGCUCUCUUCUCCUUCUCAAGCCCGUCCAAACAAAGCGCAUCGAGCGCAAAUUUUCGAACUUUCAGACCGGAAGAGGUUCUCAAGAAGGCACAAGGUGCUGCACCUGUAACUAAAGAAGAGCUAGGGAGGGCCACCUGGACUUUUCUUCACACUCUAGCUGCUCAGUAUCCUGACAAACCAACAAGGCAACAGAAGAAAGAUGUGAAAGAAUUGAUGGCUAUAUUGUCUCGAAUGUACCCUUGCCAGGAAUGUGCAGACCACUUUAAAGAAAUACUGAGGGCAAAUCCUGUACAAGCAGGAUCGCAUGCUGAGUUCUCCCAGUGGCUCUGCCAUGUGCAUAAUGUAGUCAACCGAAGCCUAGGGAAGUUGGCAUUCCCUUGCGAGCGAGUCGAUGCCAGGUGGGGCAAGCUCGAGUGCGAGCUCCGUACAUGUGAUCUGCAGGGAACUUUGACAAAGUUUGGGGACUAGUUGUUAGGAUGACCGACUUUACAAUUUAUUCAGCAAAUGGUCCAAAGGAUAUCUGCUGUCACUUUUGUAUGUAUUUGCAACGUAACAUAACCCUGUAUAGGAGAUUUUUAGCCAUGGCCCCAGGGCAAUUCAUGUUCUCCUACUUUUCUGUUUUUGGCCAUGAAUUCACUUAUUGCUUGAGAUGAUCUUCGUGUAGCUAUUGGUUCCUCUGAUACACAGAAAGAAGAUAUUAAAUUGCUUAUCUGCUUCUGCCAA